AAGGCCUGUUUGGCGAUGGCGGCGGCGGCGGCAGCAGCGACGACACCCCCCGCGCACUGGAGCCGCUUCGAGCAGGAGCAAGACGUGACGUUGCGGGAGCUGAUCCGGAGGGUAACCGGCCUGAGCGGGCAAAGCAAGGAAGAGGCAGCCAACUUCCAGGCGGCGCUAAACUUCUCCUGGUCCAACUUCAGGUUUCAUCAAUUUCUUGAUGUCAGCCAGCACAAAGUGGACAAAAUAAUAGAGGGGAUUUAUGAAAAGCUGAUAGUUCAUUCAGACCUUGUUAAAGCUGCAAGCUGGAAGAGUUUAACAGAAGAGUUUCUGAAUUCUCCGCUUCCAACCACUGAAGGAACAAAGACAGAUACCCAUUAUGCCAUACUCUCUCUUCUGUUGUGCUUGUCUGAUUCUCCUUCCAAUACCACUUAUGCAGAAAAACCAAGAGAGAAAGAAGUGGAAAAAGAAGAAUUUGAUUGGAGGAAAUACUUGAUGGAAGGUGAAGAAUUUGACUUUGGUCCUGAUUUAGAAACACCAGAAUGGUCUGACGUAAGUGAUGAUGAUGAAGAUACUGAACCAUUGAGUAGAGAAGACUCUGGCAUUCAGGUGGACAGGACACCCCAAGAAGAUCAGGAUCAAAACAAGAAGUCAUCACAUGUCACAUGGAAAGGUGAACCUGAUGCACGUACCUGGCUAGAGCAACAUGUAGUUGCUCAAUACUGGACUGGCAGAGGAGUUCGUUUUCCCCAUAGUUUGCAUCUUCAUUCCAAUUUAGCGGCUGUAUGGGAGCAGCACUUAUAUACUAGUGAUCCCUUGUACAUGCCGGAAGAAAAAAUUAUUGUUACUGAAACACAAGUCAUUCGUGAAACAAUUUGGCUGCUUUCAGGCGUAAAAAAUCUCUUUAUAUUUCAACUGAAUGAUGGAAAGAUUACUGUGAGAAAUGACAUCAUGGUGACUCAUUUGACCCAUAACUCAUUAAGAUCAAUGUUGGAGCGGAUAGCAGCAUAUGGGCAAGUUGUAUUUAGGCUGCAGAAGUUUAUUGAUGAAAUAAUGGGUCACAGCUCAGAAAGUGGAAUACAUGGAAUCAUUUCCACUCCCAAGAAAUCGGCAGAAGCCCCAUUUAGAACCUAUCAAGCUUUCAUGAGAGCCCUCUAUAAAUAUUUCAUAAGUUUCAAAGAGGAACUUACCGAAAUUGAGAGGAGCAUAAUCAACAAAGAUGCAACAAUCACUCUUUCCAUUGUCAUUGAUAAGUUAUCACAUCGAUUAGCUCAGCUCAAUAUACUUCAUAAGGUUUUUAGCACUGGAGUAGCAGAAGUACCUCCUGACACUCGCAAUGUUGUAAGAGCAUCUCAUUUGCUCAAUACCCUCUACAAAGCGAUUCUUGACUACGAUAACGUUGGGGAAGCCUCUGAACAAACGGUAUCCCUCUUGUUUUCUCUCUGGGUUGAAACAGUGAGGCCAUAUUUACAGACAGUGGACGAGUGGAUUGUCCAUGGUAACUUAUUUGAUCCUGCAAAAGAAUUUAUUAUUCAGAGAAACAAAAAUGUUCCAGUUAACCAUAGGGAUUUCUGGUAUGCUACCUACACUUUGUAUAGUGUGUCGGAAAAGACAGAGAAUGAAGAAAAAAUGAGUGAUAAUGCUAGUGCCAGUUCUGGCAGUGAUCAGGCACCCUCUAGUAGACAGCAUACCAUGGUCUCUUUUCUGAAACCUGUACUAAAACAGAUCAUUAUGGCUGGAAAGUCCAUGCAGUUGUUGAAGAACUUGCAAUGCACAGAUGGUUCUCCACAGCAGGCUGCAUCAAGAGAUGCAGAGAGGAAGAGCUUGUACACAUUAUUUCUGGAGUCUGUACAGUCACGCCUACGGCAUGGGGAAGAACCUGUUCAAGAUAUCAUUACAGAACAGCAGGCCACCAAGCAAAGUCUAAUAAAGAUGCAGUCUAUUGCAGCAAGACACUUAGAGCUGGAUGAUGUUCACGAUCCCUUGCUGGCUAUUAAUUUUGCAAGGUUGUAUUUGGAGCGAGGCAGUUUUCACGAGACGCUUACUGGUGAUGAUGUUUGUGUGGAUAGAUCAUCUGAAUCAGUUACCUGCCAGACAUUUGAACUGACAUUGAGGUCUUGUCUUUAUCCUCACAUAGACAAACAGUAUCUGGAGUGCUGUGGAAACUUAAUGCAAACGUUGAAGAAAGAUUACAGGCUGGUAGAGUACUUGCAGGCUAUGAGAAACUUUUUCUUGCUUGAGGCUGGUGAUACUAUGUAUGACUUCUAUACAUCCAUUUUUGAUAAAAUAAGAGAGAAAGACACAUGGCAGAGUGAACCAUUCCUUAAUGUCCAGCUCCAAGAGGCAGUUGGACAGCGUUAUCCAGAGGAUAGUUUAAGGUUGUCUAUAUUGUGUGAAAAUGUAGAUAUAGCAAAGAAGAAGCUUCCUGUUCAUACCUUGGAUGGCUUAAUAUUGAGCUACAAGGUCCCUUGGCCUGUGGAUAUAGUUAUAAGUGUGGAGUGUCAAAAAAUCUAUAACCAAGUGUUUCUUCUGUUGUUACAAAUAAAGUGGGCCAAAUAUAGUCUGGAUGUAUUAAGAUUUCAUGAACUAGUCAGGGCUGCAGAAAAGCCCCAGAACAAAGGAGAAGCUAUACUUGAACAAGAGCCAUUUCUUCACUUUGGAUCACAAUUGGAGCCCAUUAAGCAACAAACUCAUCGGAUGUUCCUUUUGAGGAUGAAACUCAUGCAUUUUGUUAACAGCCUGCAUAACUACAUCAUGACUAGAAUUCUUCAUAGUACAGGUUUAGAAUUUCAACAUCAAGUAGAAGAAGCCAAAGAUUUAGACCAGCUGAUUAAAAUUCAUUACAGAUACCUUUCUACAAUCCAUGAUCGCUGCCUGCUGAGAGAAAAGGUUAGUUUUGUGAAAGAAGCUAUAAUGAAAGUGCUGAACCUAGUACUGAUGUUUGCAGACCGUUGGCAAGCUGGUUUGGGAGCUUGGAAGAUGGAAUCAAUAACAAAGAUGGAAUCUGAUUUUAAAAACUGCCACAUGUUCCUUGUGACAGUACUGAACAAAGCAGUCUGCAGAGGUUCCUUCCCACAUUUGGAGUCUUUAGCUUUGUCACUCAUGGCUGGAAUGGAACAAAGUUAGUAAAAUGCAGAUGUGAUAAAACUACUCAAACGCCUGCGACAUCUUCUGUUUAGCAUUGUAAUCAUCCAAUGCUGAUUGCUUGCAUGAAGUAUAUUUUGAACUGUGUGGCAGGGUUUUCAUUUUGAGUGAUCCCAGGAUUGCAGUAUUAUUUUUAGGAUGUACAUAUUUGUGCUUGAAACUGUAAAAACAACAACACAUUCAUCUGUAAAUAAAACAUUGAAUGCAAUUAUU